CCUUUUAUCUAACCUUUCCUUGCUUCUUAUUCUUGUAUGUUUGCUUGCUUGUUUGUUCUCCAAUCUCUCUCGCUCUCUCUCUCUCUCUCUCACUCACUUCUUGUUUGUUCUUCAUGUACUUAGAAUUUUACAAACCUACAUUCCCAAACAUGGCGGAUUUAGAGGUCGAAAAGGAUCGGAAACUGCUCCAAUUCGAGUUUCUUUCAAGACCGAUUUUGGAAAUUCCAAAUGGAUGUGAGGCUGCAGCUUCUGAAGAAUGCAAGUCCCAAGGAGGAGAAGGAGAAGAAGGAAAAUGUCAGCCUGUAGAAGCUUCUAAAGAGAAUGGAAUUCUUAUAGAAGAUGAAGAAAAUGAUGGAUACCAAACUCCCACAUCUUCAGAACAUAAAAUUCCGGCGAUCCGACGAUGCCCACCUGCACCAAGGAAGCCAAGAUCUAUGCCAUUGAAAAAGAGGAAAGCGGAUUUUGAUUCUUGCCACAUUCGAAUCGAUAUUUCUGAAGAUAUUGAAUCUUUCUUCCGCCCGAUUAUAGUGGAUUCCGGCCUCAAGAUCAAGAAAGCCAGAAAGGGCGAUACCAAAUGAAUUUUUUUUUUUUGGGUUGCAUUGAUAAUCAAGAUCAUGUAACAAUUUCAAUGUUUGUAUUAGUUUAUAUUAUUGUGUUUACAGUGUGGAAUUUCACAUGAA